GCGCACGGGUCCGUUGGCGUCGUGGUUCCAGUUGAACACAGGACGACCGCAGGGAGCUGCCCUCGUGACCGCCGCCAUGUUCCAUGUGUGUAGUAUAUAUGAGAGGGGCUGACACUGUGACACGACUUAACCGAGCGGCAUUCACGAGGACAGCUAUGCACUGUCACUGUUGUAACAGGUAACACCUGCAUCAGGCAUCGCAGAGGUGCAUUGUGUACAUAGUGUAAACAUUGUGUACAUAGUGUGUCGUGUUGGAGCAGGUCAGGCGUGCAUAGGACCAGAGCCCCUCGCCUCGAGGCGUUGCAUCCACUGCAGCUGGCUGCUGGGAACGGGUCCUGAAGCCCUUUGUGCGUCCGGUUCUAACCGAAGCUCCCGUGCUGUCACAUGAACAUCUUCACAUAAAUCCCAACAUGGCAACGUAACAACAGGAGCUUCCUCCCGACCCGCCGCCUUCCUCUGAAGUUGUUGACAGGUGAGGCCUUGGUGGUUGUUCCCGUGCUGGCUGUGCCCUCAUCUACUGGGUGAGACGGUCAGUCCACAGGAGGGUUCCCGUGGUUACGUGUUUGACUGAACCCAGGCUCUGCUGUCCGGCGCCAUGCUGGGCGCCGUGGUGGUGGGCGUGGGCGCGGCCGGCCGCUCGAGGAUCAGAGACAUGAGCGCUCCUCCAGCCGGCAGCCCGGCUCCCACGCUCCAGCUCAGAGGGUUCAUCUCCAGGAGGAGCUUGGGCCCUCAGCAGGGCGUGAGUCGGCUCUCCCAGGAGGAGGCGCUGAGCAGAGAGGACAUCGAGGUGGCGUUCAUCUGCACGGAGAACGUGUUGCACAAGGACAGCGUCAGGACGUUUCUGCAGGCAGGGAAACACGUGUGUGUGGAGUAUCCCAUGACCACCGACUACCAGGAGGCCGUGGAGCUCUGGGACCUGGCCCAGGUCAAAGGAGUGGUCCUCCAUGAGGAACACAUCGAGCUGCUGUCAGAAGACUACAAGGAGCUGAAGCGAGCGGUGGAGGGUAAAGUCCUGCAGGAGGGAACGCUCCACUUCACAGGUGGAGCCCUGAAGCCUGGAUUUGGCUUCCCGUCCUUCAGCGGCAUCGCUCGCCUCACCUGGCUGGUGGAGUUGUUCGGUGAGCUGUCGGUUACCGUAGCAACCAUGGAGGAAGACUCUGGGAGCAACUACAGCAAGUUGACUGCAAAGCUGCUGACGGCUGACAACAGACCUCUGACGUGGGUGGAGGAGCGGGGGCCCGGCCUCCCCUGGGCCAAGAACAUCAGCUUCACCUUUGACUGCUGCAGCCUGACCCGGAUCCCCCCUGCAGCGGGGGGGGGGGGCGUGGGCCUCUUCAUGCAGGACCUGGUCCUCUUCUCCGCCAAGCUGGCGGGCCAGGUGAGCAGCGACGCUCUGCAGAGGGAGAAGCUCCGGGUCCUGCACUGCCUGCUGCUGGCCCAGAGCAUCCGGGACCACUGCCAGAGCAGCUAGAGGGCCCGGGGGCCUCCACGGACCAGCACCAGACACACCUCUAUUCAUAUCUCUGUUCUAACGUGUGACUUACACUGUUCAGAUAGUCAUGUUGAUGAAGUCAUUCACCUGAAGCCUUGCACCAGUUAGUCACCGGUUCAUGGAUUACUUUAUUCAUAUAAUGACUGCUUCAUAGUAUUACUUUAUUAAUACUAACAAUAAAGAAGGUGACUUGAUGGUG